AUGUUCGUGAAGAAAUCCCCCGCCUCCGCUGUCUUGAGCUCGUCAUCCCUCCCCUCCGCCCUCGUGCCACCUCCUCCCCGACGAUGCUACUCUCAAUCACAACCAUGCCGAGCCGGUACCUCUCCGAGAUGCACCUCUCCGCUCCUCCUCUGUCCCCAGGCCCGAGUGUACUCGACAUCCGAUCGCUCCGGCAGCAAACACUCGACUCCUGCCUGGCCGACCAAAGCCAACCCGUCGCCCUAUGACGUCUUGGGACUCCAGCCCAAGGAGCCCUACAACAAGGCACGCUACUACCAGCUCGUCAAGAUCUACCAUCCAGAUAUCCAAGCUUCAAAAUCGCCCAUACCUUCAGCCACCCGCCUCGAGCGCUACCGUCUGAUCGUCGCGGCGAACAACCUCCUCAGCAACCCAGACAAGCGGCACACCUACGAUACCCACGGCAUCGGCUGGCACCUCAACGACGGAUCCCACGCCGAGGUACGUCAGGCCGACCGUAAUUGGCGCCACCAGCCCGGAAGCCCCGCGAUGAACGCGACAUGGGAGGACUGGGAGCGGUGGCGUCAGGACCGGGAAACCCGCGGCAAGAAGCAAGAGCCGUUGUACAUGUCGAAUGCGGUCUUCGCAUCGCUCAUCGGGGCGGCAGGUAUCAUCGGGGCAUUGCUAAUGGAGCAGGCCUCGGAGGGCGCAGGAGCACACUUGGUCGAGAUGCAAGGGGUGCGGAACCAUGCGGUUGGACAGCAGAUGAGAAGCAACGCGAUGGCGUCGGCGGGGCUGUCGAAGGACGAGAGGGUUUAUCGCUUCCUAAGGGAUCGCGAGAAUGUCGAAUAUUCAUUCUCACCAGGAAAAUACGAGAAUGGCCACGAUGACGAUAAUGAGAACAGGUGA